GUAAUUUGCAACGUUUUCAAAACGAGAUGCUCUGCAAACAGUUUUCGAACUUGGAUGUUCGUUACUUGACAUCUUCAACUUGCCGACCCUGCCAAGCUGACCGUCGUAGUAUCAGCCGAUGGAAGGAAGAGAGCUGCAGGCUGACAAUACAUGUUUACAGAGAUUCCCAAAGUUACUAGUGUGGAUCAUAGAGUAUGUCUGGGCUCACGAGAUGAUGGAUAUACAAGAAGUUGUGGACCCUUCCGAUUGGCCAGAAGUGGACUCCCAGGCUCUUAGCAUUGAAGAUUCGUGGAGGCUGCGUGUUGCCUCUGCCCAGGUAUAUUCCAUUGUGAAGAACAGGGACAUGGAGCACUUUGAAAGAGUGAUGGGCUUUCUGGAAGCCACUUACAGACUUUUACCCAGACUGGCGGCUCCUAUGAAACACAUGAAGAUCAUGUUUGGCCUUAAAACCAUGGUAAUUAUGUGGAUGCUCAGAGAGCGUCGAGGAAUGGUUGAUACUGUGUUUAAAAUCACCCAGUUCUUCCCAAGUAAACUAUCUCAAUACCAGGAUCAAUGUAACCAACAUGAGAUGUUCCUCAUGAGAAAGCACAAUCUCGACUUUAAGGCUCUGGCACAAGCUCUUGCUAUGGACAAGGACAAACUUGACGAUUAUAUUAAGAAACAGAUGGAGAAGCAGUAUGGUGAACAUUAUGCCCAGAAAGUAGAGGACAGGCUGCUGCACUAUCUACAUGAGCUGGAGACUGUGUUACCAGGAGAUACUUUCAUUGAUAAGAUACUGAAGAAAGACAGUCCUGUUACUGAAGAGGAGCAGCUGCUGUUGGAAGUAUUUACCUUGGACUCCAUGACAAUAGCAAAAACUGUAAGGAAACUGCUGCACCAUGGUGUUGCUUCCUGUCGUCCAGCAAUGGUUUCUCAGUCAUCAGAAAAUGGAGAGAAUGAAAUUGAGACCUCUCAACUCUCAAAGUCUUUUAAGGGAGGAGAGGAGGCUUCCCAAGAAGUGUCCAAAGAUAGCCCCCUUUUGUGGGAGAAGUCCAAUUCGCAUGUUAGGAGACAUCAAAAAACAAAUGAGGAUGGUGAGGUAAUCAAGAGGGACGAGGAAGAAAGCAGUGACAAAGAAAAGCAAGAAACCAGUGAGAGAAGCAGGGAAUGUGUUCAGGAGGUUUCCUCCUCUCCUCAGUUCUGCUCCAGACACCAGCGAUGGGUGAAUAGCAUCCUGCAGGAGUGUCCUGACGAGUGUUCAGAAGAGCUACUGCUUCAGGCCAAUGUUUCUUUGUCUCCCCCACUGUUCCAGUCAUCCUCAUCAUCAACCUCUUCAUCACAGGACCUCACCCCCUCUGACCUCAUCCCAUGUCCCUCUGACCAACAAGAUACACCUUCACAGACAACUACCCAUCCUCAGACAGCAGCCCAGGUAUCUGACCAAGCAAACCCUAAAGAUAAGCAGAGCUCUGGAUCAGCAAGCAAUACCUCUCAAACUGAGUCUCUACCUCAGCCCUCUUCCAGAGACAAUCUUCUGCCCACUCUUUUGUCCCCGGUGGUUCGACUGGUAGACAUUGCUUCUUUCAGAAAGAGCUACCCUAUCUUUAAACCCCAUCAAGCAUCUGCAAAUCACUUCAUGUCUAGUAACAAGCAGGCAGCUUCUGCUUCCAGUCCUCAGGUACUAACCUCUCCUCAUUGCCAUACCUCAAGGAACAAAGACUCUGCAUUUGAUCUAUUAGAAAGUGUGGCCCCAACAAAUCCUCCAAACACAACAUACAAAUUGCAAACAGCUUCUGUAUCUCAUGAUACAUCUGCCUUUACCAGCUGUCAAAAACCAACUCUGCGGUCUUUUUCCAGACUUUCAAGAAAGCUCAAAUGGGCUUUCACUGCCACCAGACAUUCACGGUCUCUGGACGUGAAUGUCGGUCAAAACCCUUCAGCUGAGCAGUUCAAAAAGGCCCCAGCUACUUUUCAAAUGAGUUAUCUGCCCUUGCACAACUGCAGUGUCUCUUGGACUUCUAUACAUGAUGCAUCUACCUCUGCUUCUCAGUCAGGGAUUCUAUCCUCAUUCUGUACUUCUAACCAAAUCCCUUCAUCUACCAAAUCAUCUCGACAAAUUGUCCCUCAGAACUCCAUCGAACCUCAUCCUCAGACACACAACAUGGGCCCUUUUCAAUCAAAGACCCUACCAUACUCCACUGUCAUCUCCUCUACCUCCAAAUCUGAUUGUCUGGCUGUCAGGUCUGAGACCUGCAGAGUCCGCAGAGCCCAGCCAAGGUUAUCACUACCGAGUCAGGCUGUGCUGCUGCAUUCCACACUACUACAGCCUUAUGUGAGUCUUACCAGGCUAAGUGCUCAGGAGUGUUACCAAGUGACAAUGAGGAGAUCCUCAGCCAGACACCUAGAGCCUAUGUUACAAGGCAGUAAUGGGGAGGAAAGGAAGAAAAAGGAGGAAGAAGAUUCGGAUUCUUCUUUUGAUCUGAACACUCUUUACACCAGUCAUUCUUCAAGCAGUGACACUGAGGACUCGUUUGAUUGUGAUCCUGACUACAAACCGUGCAUUUAAUAGAAAAGACUACUCUUACAGUAUGAGACUGCAGGAAGCCUGAAUCAUAUUUGAGAAUAUUUAAACAAUGACUAUACUGAGAGUGGAAGUUUGAGACCAACAAUGAUAUUUAUAUUGGGGAGUCUGAAAAAUCAGAUAACAAUAUGUUGCCCAAGAGUACACUUUUUUAACAUAAACAAUCUCUAUAGGGAUCUAUUAAAUUUGCUUUUUUUAAGGAUUCGGACCAAUAUACGUACUAAAUGGGGUAUUUCACAUUGUAAAAUUCAACUUGUCACUGCUUUCUGUUGGACAGACUGUGUCAUGGUGAGACUGUUUCUAAAUUACCUUAAACCUAGUUUCAUAUUUCUGUACUGCAAUGUUUUGUUACUUACGACAUAUACCCCAAUAUGAUAUUAGCAAUUAGCUAAUACUGUCAAAUAUCGGCCAUGCCUAUUUAUCAGUGUAACAUUUAGUGUUGCUGGAGUCAGAUUUUAGGAGCUCACAUCAAGUCUGAAAGGAAUGUUACACUUACUUCGAGUCAUCCGACUCCAGAUUAUGAUACAGACAAAGUGAAGACUUUAAUAUACUAAUUUUAUUAUUAGUUAUUAUAAGUUAAGGCUCCUCUACCAAACAUUUUAAUGAACAAUUGCUUGAAUGUCUUGAUAAUGAUAUCUUGUACUGACCCUUAAACCCACAGGCAAUUAUCACGCCCCUCCAAUUCACAGAGUAUUUUAGAGUCUUUCAGCUCAUCAUUUUAGUUUUAAUGGCCAACAACCUUACUGUUUUGAAUCACCACUGACAACAACAAUCAACCUCAUUUCCAGCUACAGCAGGGAGCUGUUUUCAUUGAACCAGUUCUGAUAAAACCGCUGUAAGCUAUAUGCUCCGCACCAAACAGCAGCCAAUUUUACAAGGCCAUAAUAUGUCAAACGAGAGUGACUUUUAGCUUAUGUGGAGCUUGUUGUGGUCCCCAAGUAGCCAAAAACCUGCUAAAUGCAGCUUUAAAGAAUCUGUCAACAAUUUUAAAAGACUACUAUUGAAUAAGUUUUGAAGGACAUACAUACCUUGAGAUCUCUGUCUUCCACUUCGGAUUCUGAGGGGUGAUGACUGCACAAUUGAACAAAAAAUGGUUGUUGUAAAUGUUUGUACAGUUCUGAAUAUCAUAUUGAUUAUUAUUAAUGCAUUGUAACAGGUGUCUCUUGAAAGUUUGACUGUUUUGUAACCACAGAAAAUGGUUUCCUAGUUUAGAUUUGUUGACAAAUCAGUGACAUA